UGGCUGUUAAUCUAGUCAUCAUUGUUGCGUUGUUGACUGAUUUCUUGCUUGGAUUUCUAUGUAAAACUUUUGCAAUUUUUAAAACGCUAUGAAGCUUACCGAUGAAGAUCUCCGUUUAUUAGAAUUUCCAACUCAUAAAAAAUACCUUCAAAGCUUAGUAACAACCCAAGAUCUAAGAUACCUCGGACAUAAACACAAUGGACUGCGGCUGUACCAAACCGGCUACAGAUCAUUAACCGAGUCGGCUUUUGAGAGUCGAAGAAAUGAAAUAGCUGAUUUUCUGUAUGCAACACAAGAUCCAAAUGUUUAUUUCAGCAGAAACUUACAAACUAUUGAUCCUUUACUGAGUGAACUCGCAUCAAGAGAAAGACCCAAUCGUCUCGGUUUACUAUCGACAAUAAUCUACAUUCGUUACUUCCGUAAGAACGCUGAAAUAUCCGGAUACAUCGACUAUGAACAGGCACUUUUGCGUGUUAACAAAGAUAAGGAGAGUUCUCUGAAUUGGAAAGCGAUAUUUCAAGGAAAGCAAAUCCUCUAUCCCACCAAGUAUGAUCUUUCCUACUAUAACUCUCGAACUGACAGAAUCUUUAAGAGAAACUCGAAAAACUACAUUGUAUUGUGUGACCCCGUUCGGGGUAUAAUAUUUCGGAACACGUACGAUCGGAAGGAUAUUUAUCCGGACCCGAUCGGCGGUUACUUUGGCACAAACACAACCCGCACGGAAAUUGAUAGCGAUGAACACGAGCAGGUGGUGCUCUACGACCACGUUGUCAGAAAAAAUUACUGAACAGAUGAGAAACUGCGAUUGUAAAUACAAAUGCUUCAAAUAGAAAUUAUUCAUA